AUGAUAUCUUUUACAGCAUCGACUGGUGGAGAAGGAUCAGAGAACGAAGAGGAUGACAAGGACGGGGAGAGUGACGCAGACAGUGAGGAGGCUCGUCUGAGAGCUGCCAGGCUGAAGCAGAUGGUACAGGCCGGUCCAGGACCUCUGCUAGCUCAGAUGGAGAUUUCAUCUAGUCAAAACGACUUUUUCAAGAUGCUGGAUGAAAAAAUAGAAAAUGGUCCGGACUACGACUCAGACUGCGAGUAUGAGAUCGCGAUGGAGCAUGCGCGGCUAUGCCGGCUCCUGGGGUACUAUUAAUUGUGAUCAAUGUCUCCAGGGU